AUGCGCGAGCCUCAACCUUCCGGUAUUUAUGUUGCACCUCUACGAAUCCGCAAGAAUAGUGAUGACGACGGCGGCGACGAUGAAAACCACGGGCCAUCCGUCAAAACGAAAGAUUCGGUGUUGCCCAACACGAAUCCACGACCGGCAUCUAUAGAAUCCCUCGACGACAUGGCCUCCUCCCGCGCAAGGUUCCACAACUAUCUACGCGCCCUUUAUCCCUUUCAGCCCUCCUCUCCUCAUUCCUCCACCACAGUUACACUACCUCUCAAUGCGGGCGAUAUCAUUCUUGUACACUCUGUGCAUAUCAAUGGCUGGGCGGAUGGCACACUGUUGGAGACAGGAGCACGCGGAUGGCUGCCGACCAACUACUGCGAGGGCUAUGACUAUGCUGCUAUGCGACCUAUCCUCAAGGCAUUGACCGAAUUCUGGGACCUCGUCCGCUGCGCGAGCGAUUCAAACCUCGGCCUUUUCCGCAAUCAGGACUACAUGAGAGGGCUGGUCGCGGGCGUCCGCGCCUUGCUGGAACGCUCCAACUGUCUGACCCGUGAUUGUUCCCUGGUCAAGAAGCACGAUGCCAUACGCAGGACACGUAAAAACCUUCUCUCUGAUCUCGCUCUUCUUGUUCGUGCGGCGAAAGAACUGCAACAAGUGGUCAUGGGCCAUUCUGCCAGCAAGGACACCCUCGACAUUCGGCUGGAUGACAUGCUCUUGAAGGCAUUCCGGAUCGUCACCCGCGCCGUCUUGUUUUACGACGUCUGGACCGAGCAAGCCGAUGCGUCGCCAGGAGCUGUCACAAGACCACCCGACUCUUCCUCGGAGUCCGUCGCGAUUAUGCAAUCUCAACACUCGAUUAAAUCACAAGCUACUGUCCGACGUCAAGCCUCAACAUCCGUCACGACAAAAGCUGCAGGCACCACCGUCUUGUCAAAACACGGCAGUCACAGUUCUACAGGUAAUCCAACCCACGUGCGGCGACACUCAUCCAUCACGCACCGCAUGUCGUACAGUCGUAGUACGAGCCAGAAGAAUUCAAACCUGAUCUCCGAGUUCCUCAAUCGCUCUUACGACGAGUUUCUGACCGUGCUGGCAUCGUUCCUGGGAUCUCACAUGCAAUCCAGAUCAUCGUCCGAGUUGUUGCUGACCACACAAAACGCUGUUCGGGCUUGUCGACAGCUCUUUGCCGUGGUCGAAACGGUUAUUGACCGAGACUACAGCACUUCUCGACCGUUGGUCCAAGCCAAAGAUUCUAUGUACGACGCGAUCACUGAACUGGUCCACGCUGCUCGUCAGGUUUUCAAACCUAUUCGCUCCAUGGAUGACGACUUGAUAUAUUCUCCCGACGAGGCGCACAGCUUGGUACAGGCUGCCACAGCAUGUGUCAGUGCUGCAGGUCGAUGCGUCAGCAGAACCAAAGCGACGCUGGAAGAAAUAGGAGAUUUUGAGAUCGAAAAUUUGAGUUACCUUUUGGGACGAAACUCGGGUGGUUCCAGCACCCCGGAACCAGCGAACUUCGAACGCCCGCCUUCGGAACGUCUCACAACUUCAUCCGCGGUGACGUCGGCCAAAGCUAAGAGCACAGAUAGAUUGGAAGAGCGCCCUCGCAUCAUUAUAAAUCAAGGUCUCCUGACUCCUCCUCUUUCUCAUACCACUGCCGAGUCUCCUUCCACAGCCUCCGGAAGUGUUCCUCCUACCCCAAAAGACGAUGUGGUGGUGGAGAUCAUUCGCUCGUCGCCAUUACCUUCCGCGUCUCUGGCUCAUCAGAAGAUCUCAUCAAGCUCUCCAGUCUCCAGCCAGUCUACAGAAGUCAGACAUCAUCGCAAGUCCGGCGCCCACGCAGUGGGAGGAAGCACAAGCAGUGACAGUAGCUUCGAACGCCUUGAGCGAAGGUCAAAUCCCAGCAACCUCUCUUCGGCGUCAACGCGGGUCACAUCGGUUCAAGAAGACCUUAGCCACUCACUAAAGCCGCCUGUCUCGAGACCAUCGCAUGACGGCGGUGCACGUGAGCCCCUUGACGAUGACGAGGAUGCUGAAGCUGAAAUCCUUGUUCACACCUAUUCCCAAGAGCUUGUUUUUAAUCGAGAGGGUAUAAUCGUCGGCGGGACACUCAAUGCCUUAGUGGAAAGGCUCACCGCCCCUGAUUCGGCACCCGACGUAUCUUUUUUUACCACAAUCUACCUCACUUUUCGCUUAUUUGCGACUCCGGUGACCUUUGCUCGCGCUCUGAUCUAUCGCUUCGAAUACGUAGGCGACAACCUGAGCAUCGCAGGCCCUGUGAGACUCCGCGUUUACAAUGUCCUCAAAGGCUGGAUGGAAUCUCACUGGCGGCAUGAUUGUGAUGACACCGCACUUCCAGUAAUUGUCGGCUUCGCGAGAGAAUCACUUAUUAAUGUAUUGCCAAUGGCCGGCAAGAGAAUCCUUGAGUUGGCGGAGAAGGUUGCCACAAGUCAUGCCCCCAUCGUCCCAAGGGUAUUGUCCGCGAUCGGGAAGACCAGCACAUCCACCGCAGCUUAUGUUGACCCGAGCACCCCAUUACCACAUCCUGUUAUUUCGAAGAGCCAGCUCACUGCGCUGCGAGCUUGGAAAAUGGGUGGCCCGUCAGUUUCCAUCCUCGACUUCGACCCUUUGGAACUGGCCCGUCAGAUUACGUUGAAGACUUCCAAGAUCUUCUGCUCCAUCCUCCCCGAGGAGCUUUUAGGAACGGAAUGGACCAAACGAAGCAGUUCCCUUGCCGUCAAUGUGCGCGCCAUGUCGACUCUGUCCACGGACAUCUCGAACCUCGUCUCCGAUUCCGUUCUUCAACUCGAAGAACCAAAGAAGCGAGCCGCCAUCGUCAAACAGUGGGUCAAGAUUGCCAACAAAUGUUUGGACUUACGCAACUUUGACACAGUCAUGGCGAUUGUCUGCGCCCUGGAUUCAACCAACAUUAAGAGAAUGAAGAGGACAUGGGAAUGCGUACCGCAUAAGACCAAGACAGUUUUUGACGAGAUGUGCAAGAUUGUUGAUGUGGCUCGAAACUAUGCUGUACUGCGUCAACGUAUUCAAUCCCAACUUCCGCCGUGUUUGCCUUUUAUCGGUGUAUACUUGACAGACCUCACGAUGGUCGAUUCAGCCAACCCAUCUACAAGGCCGCUUUCGACAGAUCGCGGGGAAGCUUCAGUCAUCAACUUGGACAAACAUAUGAAGACGGCGAAGAUCAUAUCCGAGUUGCAAAAGUUCCAGAUCCCUUACCGCUUCGCCGAAGUCUCCGAGCUCCAGACCUGGAUGCAAGACCAACUUAUCCGAGUCAGAUCUGCAGGAGAUGGAAGUUUCCAGCUUCACUAUCGACGCUCACUGAUCUUAGAGCCUAGAGAGCCCAGCAGAAGUCCAAAUCCCGAGACAGGGACUGGCAAAGACAGGGAAAGGUUCGACUUCUUUACAUGGGCACACCUGGUCCCGAAGGAAAAGUCUGUCUCAGUGUCUAGUUGA